UGGCUGUAUCUCGCGGAGCCUCGUGCUGGUUUGAUCAGUUUCUCGCUCUCAGUCUCGUUCUGUAACAGAACCCCCUCCAAAUUCAGUGUCGGUAAAAUUAAUUCCCGGGACUUGUAUUUAUAUUUUCCAGUAACUUUUUAAUUCGCAUCGGAACCGGGAGUUGGAGCCCGGAUUCGGUCCGGUGUUAGGGGGGAAUGAGCCGGGACACGGGUAAAUUGUUAUAAAUAAUUGCAUUUAUAUUCAAUGCGAUUGAGUGUUUGAUUGUGACUGACUCGCAGUGAAAGAGAGGGAGAGAGAGGGGUAUCAUGGCCGCUCAGGUCGCCAGCGCCGCCACUCUCAAUACCAGCCCGCCUGCCGAACUAAAAAAACCGGAUCGGGACCCACAGGAGGAGACGGUACCGGGAGAGAAGCAGCAGGAAAAUAAGGAAGCGGGAUCCGAGAGCGGAUCUCCGGGUCAGAAGGAACUGCAGGACGGGGCCGAUGCUGGAAAUGCGGGGGGAGGAGGCGAUGUUGAGAUGAAGAACGGGAACGGGAAUCCGUCCAGAGUUAACAAUAACAACAACCAGAAUGAUUCGGGGGGCCCCGAAGGGAAUAGCCACCCCGGGCUGGCACACCACCACUCGGCCGCCUUUCCCCCACCUUCCUACGGUUACAGUCAGCACUACGGCCGGGCCCCUUUUCAUCAACAUGGCGGACAACAAAGCCCUGGCAUGGCAGCUCCAGCGGGGCCGGUCGUGCAGCCAGGCGGCAUGAUGGACUCCUACCAGCCCAAUUCGCACGACCACGGGUACCCCAACCACCAGUUCAACAACUACAGCCCGUUCCCGAACCGGACUCCGUACCCGGGCCAAGGGUACGCCAUGAACUCUCCGCGAAACAACCAGCCUCCGGCGGCCGGGGGGCAGCCAGCCAAGCAACAGCCAGCGGGCGGAACUACAGCCAUGGCCGCCUCUUACAAUAAUCAGAGGUAUAACAUGGGAAACCCGCAGCCCACGGCCACCCCGACCCUCAACCAGCUCCUAACCUCUCCCAGCUCCGCCAGGGGCUACCAAAACUACCCGCCGAGCGACUACAGCAACCAGGAAGGGGCGAACAAGGGACCAGCGGACAUGGGCAGCGGCGGCCAGUACGGCGGGGGCCACCAGGGUUGGCAACAAAGAAGCCAUCACCCGCCGCCUAUGAGCCCGGGAAGCACCGGGCAACCACUUAGCAGAAAUCAGCCCUCCAGCCCGAUGGACCAGAUGGGGAAGAUGAGGGGCCAGCCUUACGGGGCCGCUAACCCCUACUCCCAGCAGCAGCCGGGGCCCCCGCCGGGCUCCCAGCAGGGGGCCUCGUACCCGGGCCAGGGCUACGGCCCCCCCGGCCCGCAGAGAUACCCCAUGGGCAUGCAGAGCCGAACCCCAGGGGCCAUGGGGGGCAUGCCGUACGGGCAGCAGAUGUCAGCGUACGGACAGCAGGGCCCGCCGGGCUACAGCCAGCAGAGCCAGGCCCCUUACUACAGCCAGCAGUCGCAGCCUCCGCACGGCAGCCAGCAGCAGGGGCCCUUCCCUCAGCCUCCGCCGGGCCAGCCGGGGCCCCAGGCCCCCUACCCCCAGCAGACCCACUCUUCCCAGUCAGGCUACCCCCAGCCCCAGGGCCCGUCCCAGGGCCAACCUCCCUACACCCAGCCCCCGCCCCAGUCCGCCCAGCCGCCCUUCUCACAGCAGCAGGUCCCCCCGGCCCAGCCGCCGCCCCAGCAGAGCUCCCAGGGCCCCCAGGGGCCGCAGUCGCAGCCCAGCUACCCCCAGACCCCGGGUCCCGGCCAGCAGCAGCCUGGCAGCCAGCAGCAGCCCCCGCAGCAGCAGCAGCAGCAGCAGCAACAGCAGCAGCAGCAGCAGCAGCAGCCCCCCCAAACGAGUGGCCCCCAGGCCCAGCAGCCACCGGGACAUGGCGUGCCCCCCCAGGUCCAGCCCUACUCCCAGACCCCCCCGCAGCAGCAGCAGCAGCAGCAGUCUCCCUACCAGCGGUUCCCUCCUCCUCCCCAGGAGCUGUCCCAGGACUCCUUCAGCUCCCAGUCCAGCGCUCCUCCUUCCAACCAACCCAUGGCUUCCAACAAGAGCGGCACCGAUGAUGUCACAAUGCAGGGCCGGCCUUCCAGCCUCCCGGAUCUGUCGGGGUCCAUCGACGACCUGCCCACGGGCACCGAGGUUGCCCUGAGCCCGGGCGUCAGCACCUCGGGCGUGUCCAGCAGCCAGGGCGAGCAGAGCAACCCAGCGCAGUCCCCCUUCUCGCCCCACACCUCCCCGCACCUGCCCGGUAUCCGUGGCCCCUCGCCCUCACCCGUGGGCUCGCCCGCCAGCGUCACGCAGUCCCGCUCGGGCCCGCUGUCCCCGGCCGCCGUGCCAGGGAACCAGAUGCCCCCCCGACCUCCCAGUGUGCAGUCGGACGGAAUCCUGCACUCUUCCAUGAACCAGUCUGCGAUGGGCCAAGACAGAGGGUUCAUGCAGAGGAAUCCACAGAUGCCUCCUUACGGGUCGCCACAGCCUGGCUCCGCCUUAUCUCCACGCCAGUCCUCAGGGGGCCAGAUGCAUGCUGGGAUGGGACCGUAUCAGCAGAACAACUCCAUGGGCAACUACGGGCCUCAGGGUGGCCAAUACGGGCCGCAAGGUUACCCCCGGCAACCAGGCUACAGCGGCAUGCCCAAUGCCAGCUACCCGGGUCCCGGCAUGGCCGGGGGCAUGAACCCCAUGCCGGGGCAGGGAGGGGGCCCUCCCUACGGGGGCAUGCCCCCGGGCAGGAUGGGCCCUGGGCAGAUGGGCGCCCGGCCCUACGGCCCCAACAUGGGCCCCAACAUGGGCAGCAUGCCCCCGCAGGUGGGCUCAGGGAUGUGCCCUCCCCCGGGCAGCAUGAACAGGAAGGCACAGGAAGCCGCGGCCACCGCCAUGCAGCACGCUGCCAACUCUAUACAUAACAGGCCGCCCGGUUACCCCAGCAUGUCUCCCGGCGUGAUGGGCACUGGCUCUCCUUACACCCCCACCAUGAACAGCAUGUCGGGCAUGAUGAACCCCCAGGGCCCCCCGUACCCCAUGGGCGGGAACAUGGCCAACAACACCGCAGGUAUGGCUCCGAGUCCUGAGUUUGGCCUCGAUGUGAAAUUAAAUCAGAAGAUAAACAACAAAACAGACGGGACUCCGAAACCUGAAACGAAAUCCAAGAAGUCAAGCUCUUCCACGACGACCAACGAGAAAAUCACCAAGCUGUACGAGCUAGGCCCGGAGCCGGAGAGGAAGAUGUGGGUGGACCGCUACCUGGCCUUCAUCGAGGAGAAGGCAAUGGGGAUGAAUAACCUGCCCGCUGUGGGCCGCAAGCCGCUCGACCUCUUCCGCCUCUACGUGUCAGUCAAGGAGAUCGGGGGCCUCACACAGGUGAACAAGAAUAAGAAGUGGCGGGAGCUGGCGACCAACCUAAACGUGGGCACCUCCAGCAGCGCGGCCAGCUCGCUCAAGAAGCAGUACAUCCAGUGUCUGUACGCCUUCGAGUGCAAGAUCGAGCGCGGGGAAGACCCUCCCCCGGACAUCUUCACCACCGACACCAAGAAGAACCAGCCCAAGAUCCAGCCACCUUCCCCAGCGGGCUCCGGGUCUCUGCAGGGUCCCCAGACCCCUCAGUCCACGAGCAGCUCCAUGGCGGAGGGGAGCGACCUGAAGCCCCCGACCCCGGCUUCCACCCCGCACAGCCAGAUGCCCCCCAUGCCGGGGGUCAGGAGCAGUGUGGUGAGUCUGCAGGACCCUUUUGCGGACGGCAGUGACCCUGCCUUCCCCAGGAGGAACUCCAUGACCCCCAACUCGGGGUACCAGCCCGGGAUGGCCGGGACAGACAUGAUGGGCCGCAUGGGCCCCUAUGAACCCAACAAAGACCCAUUCGGGGCUAUGAGGAAAGUGGGAGAGCAGUUCAUGCCCCCGGGACAGGCUGCCAACAGCGGCAUGGCCGAACAGUACAACCGGGGCCCCCCUGGAGGCAUGGGCAGCAUGCAGAUGGGACCCAGGCAGCAGUACCCCUACGGACCAAGCUACGACAGGAGGCAGGAGCCCGGUAUGGGCCCGGAGGGCGGCAUGGGAGCGGCGGCGCAGCAGCAGAACAUGAUGCCCUCCAACGCCGACACGGGGAUGUACUCGCCGAACCGCUACCCUCCGCAGCCGCAGCGGCAUGAUUCCUAUGGUAAUCAGUACCCUGGCCAAGGCGCGCCCCCUGGUGGCCCAUACCCCAAUCAGCAGCCAGGAAUGUAUCCACAGCAACAGCCGAACUACAAGCGGCCAGUGGAUGGGGGUUACGGGCCUCCAGCUAAGCGCCACGAGGGGGAGAUGUACAACGUGCCCUUCAGCGGGCAGCAGCAGCAGACGCCGCAGUCGGCACCCCCUCCAGGCCAGCAGGACAUGUACAACCAGUACAGCAACGCCUACCCAGACCGCCGGCCCCCGGGGCCCCAGAACCAGUUCCCCUUCCCCUUCGGCAGGGACCGGGUGCAGGCCUCGGCGGGACCCAACUCCCAGCCCUCCAUGCCCCCACAGAUGAUGGGCAGCCCCAUGCAGUCGGCCCCGGACGGGCCCCAGGGGGGCAUGUGGCAGGGCCGCAACGAGAUGGGGUACCCGGGUUACCCCAACCGGCAGGGCCCCGGGGUGCCUGCCCAAGGGCCCGGCUACCACGGCUUGAACCGCUCUGAGGAGAUGAUGCCAGCUGACCAGCGCAUGAACCACGAGCAGUGGCCAGGCCACGUGGGCCCCCGGCAGCCUCCCUAUGGCCCCGCCGGCGCCGGCCCGCCCAUGACCCGGCCGCUGCAGUCCAGCUACCAGUCGCCCCAGUCCAUGCAGAACCACAUUCCGCAGGUGUCCAGCCCUGCCCCCAUGCCCCGCCCCAUGGAGAGCCGGACGUCCCCGAGCAAGUCGCCCUACAUGCACAGCGGCAUAAAGAUGCAGAAGGCGGGGCCCCCCGUGCCCGCCUCGCACAUCGCCCCACCCCCUGUGCAGCCGCCACUCAUCCGGCGGGACAUCACCUUCCCCCCGGGCUCUGUCGAGGCCACCCAGCCCAUCCUCAAACCUCGCAGGCGGCUCACCAUGAAGGACAUCGGAACCCCUGAGGCUUGGCGAGUGAUGAUGUCACUAAAAUCGGGGCUGUUAGCCGAGAGCACUUGGGCCUUAGACACCAUUAAUAUUCUACUGUAUGAUGACAACAGCAUUUCUACCUUCAGCCUCUGCCAGUUGCCCGGCUUCUUGGAGUUGCUGGUGGAGUACUUCCGACGUUGCCUCAUUGAGAUCUUCGGGAUCCUGAAGGAGUACGAGGUGGGAGACCCAGGGCAGCAGACGCUGCUGGACCCCCACGCCCUGGACCGAGAGCAGGGGGACUCCGAGGAGGAGGAGCUGGAGGAGCCCGAGGUGGAGGACAUGGAGGAGGACGAGGAGGAGGAUGAAGAGAACGGCCAGCCAGCAGUCACGCCAAAGGUCCACAUCAAGCAGGAGGAGGAGCCGGCGCAGGGCAAGAAGGUGGACACUGAUGAGGAAGAGGAAGAGGAGGAAGAAGAGGAGAAAGAGGGUCGGUCCUCCGCUAAGGAGCCCAACGUGGUGGAAGGCCCCUCCCAUCCGGAAGGACCCCAGGAGAAGCCCAAGCAGGCCAGCAAGUUCGACAAGCUCCCCAUCAAGAUGGUGCGCAAGAAGGACCCCUUUGUGGUAGACUGCUCCGGCAAGCUGGGCCGGCUACAGGAGUUCGAUAGCGGGCUGAUUCAUUGGAGCAUCGGGGGCGGGGACUCCACCGAGCACAUCCAGACCCACUUCGAGAGCAAGAUGGACCUGCUGCAGUCCCGGAAGAGGGUACCCUCAACCCCGCCGGCCGACAAGAAGACGACGGCGGCGACGUCAGGGGAUGGCGAGGAGAAGGGGCCGGCCAAGUGCAGCGAGGAGCAGCCUCUCGUGGAGAAGAUGGCACCGGCCGCCAGCAUCACGGCCACCAUUGACGACGUGCUCUCAGCCCGCCCGGGCUCCAUGACAGAGGCGGGGGCGGCGGCUGAGGGCCAGCAGGACAACGGCAAGUUCCUCUUCAGCGGCAACCCCGGCCAGCAGGGCCUCCGCAACAUCAAGAUCCUGGAGGACGAGCCGCACAGCAAGGACGAGGCCCCCCUCAGCACCCUGUCGGACUGGCAGGACUCGCUGGCCAGGCGCUGCGUGUGCGUCUCCAACAUUGUGCGCAGCCUUUCCUUUGUGCCGGGCAAUGACCUGGAGAUGUCCAAGCACCCGGGCCUGCUGCUGCUGCUGGGCCGCCUCAUCCUGCUCCACCACAGGCACCCCGAGCGCAAGCAGGCGCCCCUCACCUACGAGAAGGAGGAGGAGGGCGAGGAGGGAGCCGCUGGCAAGAAGGACGAGUGGUGGUGGGACUGCCUGGAGCUGCUGCGCGAGAACUGCCUGGUCACCCUGGCCAACAUCUCGGGCCAGCUGGACCUGUCCAUCUACCCCGAGAGCAUCUGUCUCCCCCUGCUGGACGGGCUGCUCCACUGGGCCGUCUGCCCCUCGGCCGAGGCCCAGGACCCCUUCCCCACCCUGGGGCUCAACGGGGCGCUGUCCCCUCAGAGACUGGUCCUCGAGACCCUCAGCAAGCUGAGCAUCCAGGACAACAACGUAGACCUCAUCCUGGCCACGCCCCCCUUCAGCCGGCUGGAGAAGCUAUACGGCUCGCUGGUGCGCCUGGUGGGCGAGCGCAAGGUGCCCGUCUGCCGGGAGAUGGCGGUGGUGCUGCUGGCCAACCUGGCCCAGGGCGACAGCCUGGCGGCCCGUGCCAUCGCCGUGCAGAAGGGCAGCGUGGGAAACCUGCUGGGCUUCCUGGAGGACAGCCUGGCGGCCACCCAGUUCCAGCAGAGCCAGAGCUCCCUGCUGCACCUGCAGAGUGCCCCCUUCGAGCCCACCAGCGUGGACAUGAUGCGGCGGGCGGCCCGGGCCUUGCAUGCCAUGGCCAAGGUGGAGGAGAACCACUCCGAGUUCACGCUAUACGAGUCGCGGCUACUGGACAUCUCCGUGUCCCCCCUCAUGAACUCUCUGGUGUCCCAUGUGAUCUGUGAUGUACUCUUUCUGAUUGGCCAGUCAUGACAGCUGUGGGGCCUGGCGGCUCUGCCUCCUCGGUUUUUUUUUUUCUCUCCCCCCCCACAAAAAAAAUCCCCUUUCCUCAAAUUUUUUUUUUGUGUGUAUGUUGAGCGUGAGUGGAAGAUGAUUUAGAGCGAAACUGACUUGUUUUUGUCCUUUUUUUAUUUAUGCAAAAACACCUCGGAUUCCACUGUCUGAACCCCCCCCCCCCCUCCCCUUUCUGCCCUGCUUUGCCCUAAAGGAAGGAUGUCAUGAAGUAGCUGUGGAUUUUUAACCAGAUAUUCAACCGACGGUAUAAUCAACGCAGACGAUCAGAUCGAGAUCCUGGCUUAGGAGAGUGCACCGCCUGACAAGGAAGGCUUUUUUUAACGAAAUUAAAACAAAAAAAAGAAAAAAAAAAGAAAGAAAAAUACAAAAAACAAAACUGUAACCAAAGUUGCUGUCUCGUUUACAGUGAGUUUGGGGGAUAUGUGCCCUAGCUCUCCCCAGGGGGGGUGUGAUGAGUACAAUUUUAUGGUUCAUAUUUGGAGGCUAAACAGACUUCUGGACUCUGGUAUAAUUGCUGUAACUUGGACGCUAUAUAUUCAGACCUACAGGAACCAGGUUAUUGGCUGUGAACAGACGCCUUUAAAUGGGAGGCCUGUGCAGUAGAUUGUAGGACCUCUUCUGUACUGUACACCUUAAGAAUACAACUGUAAACAUACUGUAAUAAUACUGUUUCACACUGAGAAAUGCUGGCUCGGCAGCAAAACUGUAGUUUUUAAAAAAAAAAAAAGAAAAAAUGUUUUUAGUUAACGUUGAAGAGAAAAAAAGGCUUUCCCCCCAAAGUAUCGUGAACCUACAACACCCCGACCUCUUCUCUUUAACCCUCGAUUGUAUGAAUUGACCCUGAAAAAGAAAUCACCUCUUAGGACUGGUUUUCAACAUUAGAUGCAGCCCAGGCUGCGGUUGUAUAUAUGACGUUGUACAUUAAUUACACUCUCUCUCUCGCUUUUGCUCUCUCUCUCUCUCUCUUUCUCACCCUCUGAAGCUCUUCACCCUUUAUAUCUUUGAAGAAUAAAAGGUUACACAAACGCUGGAUUUCCUACAUCAAGUCCCCACCAUGUGCUAAUUUAACCCAUCCCCCUACAACCUCCCCUGUCCAAUCAGGGGAGUACACAGUACUGCGCUUAACCAUCCCCGGUCUUAGCUGCUGUCUCCUUCCACCAAUCACAUGACAGAUCAUUGCAUUUCCAGUCAAAGGUGUGGAAAUCAAAGACAAGAGAAACUAGUUUGAGGUUCAAUUUCAGAUCCGUGUACAACAGAACCGAAACCCCUGAUGACGAAACACAAAUUUGAGAUUUUUUUUUUCAGUGAUAUGGAUUCUACAUAUUUGUAUUUCAGACAAUGUAGCUAAAAACUUGAUGUAAAUUCCUUCUUUUUUUCCUUUUUUGGCUUAAUGAAUAUCAUUUAUUCAGUAUGAAAUCUUUAUACUAUAUGUUC